UAACAAUCAUUUUAUUUCAUUUUUAUUCAGGAAAUAGGUGGUACUGUCCCCUAUUUCACAAAACCCAUUUUGUUUGUUUAGUUAUAAAAAACAAGAUGGUUUUAGUUGUCCUUUUGGGCAUAUUAGCAUUAGGAUUCGGGGCAGUGACAUCGCAAAAUACUGAUGGAUUAUAUGAGCUGAAUAUCGUUCAUUUCAAUGAUUUUCAUGCACAUUUUGACGAAGUCAGCCCCGAAGGCACGGCGUGCAACCCAUCAGAGGCGCCGUGCGUCGGGGGCUUCGCGCGACUGUACACCGCCGUCCAGCAGUCCUUAGAGGCGGAGCCCGAGUCCAUUGUACUCAACGGAGGAGACACCUUCCAAGGCACCAUCUGGUACAACUUCCUGAGGUGGAACGUCAGCCAACACUUCAUGAAUUUGCUGCCUCAUGACGCUCAUGUACUAGGAAACCAUGAGUUCGAUCACGGCAUCGAAGGCUUGCUGCCCUACCUGGAGCGUCUGAACGCUCCCAUGUUGGGCGCCAACGUCAACUCAACCUUCGAACCUGAGAUAGGGCAGUACAUUAAGAACCACGUCAUAAUCACUCGCCAGGGAAGACGGAUCGGCAUCAUUGGAGUGCUGUUGAGAGUUUUUUCAGCUCCAAUCGGAGAUCUGAUCAUCGAAGAUGAGGUGACGGCCAUCAACAGGGAAGCGGCCAUCUUGACAGAACAAGGCGUCGACAUAAUCAUUGUUCUCUCGCACGUUGGCUUCGAUUCUGACUUGAACAUGGCCCAAAGGGUGUCCGCAGACGUAGACAUAAUCGUGGGAGCUCACUCUCACACGUUCCUGUACACUGGCGAGCCUCCGAGCACCCACACGCCUUUCAGCGACUACCCUACGGUCGUUACACGCACUGACGGGCAUAGGAUUCCCGUGGUGCAAGCGUCUUGUUACACGCGGUACUUGGGCAACAUCAAGCUAUUCAUCGACGACAACGGCAUCGUGCAGGACUGGGAAGGCCAGCCUAUUUUCCUGGGCACGUCCAUCAUUCAGGAUCCACAAAUGGUGCUAGAACUACAGCCGUGGAAGGAGAGCGUAGACGCGGUGGGCAAGGAAGUGCUGGGCGUGUCUCUGGUGACGCUCAACCGCUCGUGGUGCCGCGGCCGCGAGUGCAACAUGGGCAGCUGGGCCUGCGACGGCUUCCUGGAGGAGUUGAUGUCCAUGGCCACCGGCGACGAGUGGAACUACGCCCACGUGUGCCUCAUCAAUUCCGGCGGCCUGAGAGUGCAGAUCGCGCCGGGAAAUGUAACAACAGAAGCCCUUCUGAUGGCGAUGCCGUUCGAGAACUACGUGCAAGUGUACGACCUGAAGGGCGAGUACCUACUGGAAGCGCUGGAGUUCUCCGUCGCAGUGUCCGUGUCCAGCGGUAGCCUGGAUACUGGGAGAAUGCUGCAGAUUGGAGGGAUGCGCGUAGUUUACAACAUAUCGCAGCCUAUUGGCUCGCGAGUUGCGUCGGCUAGGAUCAGGUGCAUCGACUGCGACGUGCCCGAGUAUUUACCACUCGACGUCAACGCCACCUACCGCGUCGUAUCACAGGACUAUAUCGGCGAGGGAGGCAGCGGGUUCACGAUGUUAGCCGAGCAUAGAGAGAAUCUAAUCCGCAUGCAAGUAGACUACGUGUUAAUGCAAGACCACAUGCGGCGACAGGGCACCGUCGUGCAGGACCUCGACGGACGCAUACAGGUCGUCACGUGAACAAAACAAUA